CCGCUUCUAGAACCCCCCUGCGUGUCACACGACGCCCCUCCUCUCCUGCUCCUCUUCCUCGUGAGUCUCAGCCCUCCUCCACGCCGCAUCUUUCCUUCCUCCCUCCUCUGAGUUCUAGGGCUCAGGCGGGGAUCGCCGGGGUUCGGACGGAGCCCCGAGGCAGAUUGGAUUGGAUUGGAUUCGAUUGGGUUGGAUCGAUCGGGGGUCGGCGCCACCAUGUUCUCGCGAUCGUACACCAACCUGCUCGAUCUCGCCAACGGGAACCUCUCGGCGCUCGACUACGGCGGCGGCGGGGGCGGUGGGGGAGGGGGCGGCAGCGGCGGUGGGCGUCCGCCGCGGGCGAGGCGGAUGCAGCGGACGAUGACGACGCCGGGGACGCUGGCGGAGCUGGACGAGGAGCGGGCGGGCAGCGUGGCGUCCGACGCGCAGUCCUCGCUGGCCAGCGACCGCAUCAUCGUGGUCGCCAACACGCUGCCCGUCCGCUGCGAGCGCCGCCCCGACGGGCGCGGCUGGAGCUUCAGCUGGGACGAGGACUCGCUCCUCCUCCACCUCCGCGACGGGCUCCCCGAGGACAUGGAGGUGCUCUACGUCGGCUCCCUCCGCGCCGACGUGCCCGCCGCCGAGCAGGACGACGUCGCCCAGGCGCUCCUCGACAGGUUCCGCUGCGUCCCGGCUUUCCUCCCCAAGGACCUCUCCGACCGCUUCUACCAUGGAUUCUGCAAGCAGACCCUCUGGCCGCUCUUCCACUACAUGCUCCCCUUCACCUCCGACCAUGGCGGCCGCUUCGACCGCUCCAACUGGGAGCAGUACGUCCUCGCCAACAAGCUCUUCUCGCAGCGCGUCAUCGAGGUCCUCAACCCGGAGGACGACUACAUCUGGAUCCACGACUACCACCUCCUCGCGCUCCCCUCUUUCCUGCGCCGCCGGUUCAACCGCCUCCGCAUCGGGUUCUUCCUGCACAGCCCCUUCCCUUCCUCGGAGCUCUACCGCAGCCUCCCCGUCCGCGACGAGAUCCUCAAGUCGCUGCUCAACUGCGAUCUUAUCGGUUUCCACACCUUCGAUUACGCACGCCAUUUCCUCUCCUGUUGCAGCCGCAUGCUCGGGAUCGAGUACCAGUCCAAGAGGGGCUACAUUGGGCUCGAUUACUUUGGCCGCACCGUCGGGAUCAAGAUCAUGCCUGUUGGGAUUAACAUGCCGCAGCUCAAAUCGCAGCUCCAGCUGCCUGAUCUGGAGUGGCGUGUCGCUGAGCUCCGGAAGCAAUUUGCUGGGAAGACCGUCUUGCUUGGUGUGGAUGAUAUGGACAUAUUCAAGGGGAUUAACCUCAAGAUUCUUGCCUUUGAGCAGAUGCUCAAGAUACACCCGAAAUGGCAGGGCCGAGCAGUGCUGGUGCAGAUUGCCAACCCAAGGAGUGGCAGUGGGAAGGACCUGGAAGGGUUGAAGGCUGAGAUCGAGGAGAGUUGCGCCAGGAUUAAUGGACAGUUUGGGCGGCCGGGGUAUAGUCCUGUGGAGCUUGUUAAUAGGGCCAUUUCCAGUGUGGAGAGGAUGGCAUACUACACUGUGGCAGAGUGCGUCGUCGUAACUGCAGUGAGGGAUGGAAUGAACCUCACACCGUAUGAGUACAUUGUUUGUAGACAGGGGAUUCCAGGUUUGGAUGGUUCUAGCGGUGAUGCACCAAAGAGGAAGAGUAUGCUAGUCGUGUCAGAGUUCAUUGGCUGCUCGCCAUCGCUGAGUGGAGCAAUCCGGGUGAACCCUUGGAACAUUGAUACAACGGCGGAGGCAAUGAACGAGUCCAUUGCUUUGGCAGACAAUGAAAAGCAACUGAGACAUGAGAAGCACUAUCGAUAUGUCAGCACACAUGAUGUUGCCUAUUGGUCCAAGAGCUACGUUCAUGAUUUGGAGAGAAGCUGCAGGGACCAUUUUAGGAGGAGGUGCUGGGGUAUUGGGCUAGGAUUUGGAUUCAGAGUGGUCGCUCUUGAUCGCAACUUCAAAAAGCUUACUGUGGAUUCUAUUGUUGCUGAUUACAAGAAGUCAAACAGCAGGGUCAUACUUCUGGACUAUGAUGGAACUCUAGUGCCACAAACUACCAUCAAUCGAACUCCAAAUGAAACUGUUGUUAACAUCAUGAAUUCUCUGUGUGCUGAUAAGAAGAAUGUUGUUUUCAUUGUAAGUGGAAGGGGUAGGGAUAGCCUUGCGAAAUGGUUCAACUCUUGCCCAGAGCUUGGCAUUGCUGCUGAACAUGGCUACUUUAUGAGGUGGACUAGGGACGAACAAUGGAAAAUAAAUAACCAGUGCUCGGAGUUUGGAUGGAUGCAAAUGGCCGAGCCAGUAAUGAACCUGUAUACAGAAGCAACUGAUGGAUCAUAUAUCGAAACCAAAGAGAGUGCUUUGGUUUGGCACCACCAAGAUGCUGACCCUGGUUUUGGAUCUGCACAAGCAAAGGAAAUGUUAGAUCAUUUGGAGAGUGUUCUUGCCAAUGAACCAGUCUCUGUAAAGAGUGGACAACACAUUGUAGAAGUAAAACCUCAGGGUGUCAACAAAGGAUUUGUUGCUGAGAAGAUCCUAUCAAUGCUGACAGAGAACAAAAGACAAGCAGAUUUUGUUCUCUGCAUAGGCGAUGAUAGAUCUGAUGAGGAUAUGUUUGAAGGAAUUGCUGAUAUUAUGAAGAGGAGCAUUGUUGAUCCCCAAACCUUGUUGUAUGCCUGCACAGUCGGCCAGAAACCAAGCAAAGCAAAGUAUUAUUUGGAUGAUACUAAUGAUGUUUUGAACAUGCUUGAGGCACUUGCAGAUGCAUCAGAGGAGGUUGGUUCACCGGAAGAAUCGAAGAUACUUUCUCCAUCAGAGGAGGCAUGAUGAUGUCGUAGAUGUACUGAGAGAUGUUUUGAACAGCGUAGCUCAUAGUGCAUUGCAACCAGCAGUCUUCUGAGUAAAAUUGAAGCUGAUAUCCGUCAGCAGGAAAUGCAACUUUAGCAAUGUUCGGAUAGUCAGAUCAUUGUCAAUAACCUAGUGUUGAUCUAUUUUUCGCUUCUUCUACUCUUUUUCCUUUCUUAUCAUAGUUUUGGAGUAAUUUUUCAUAUUCUGGCUAGAUAGUUUAGUGGCCUGGAGGGAAGAAUCCAUGGCAGGUAUCUUUUAUAAGAUUUGAGUAUUUAUGGAAGUUUAUAGAAUAUAAGUCGAAAUUAGCAUGUGAACAUUUUGGUCA